GUAUGAAAACUCAAUGGGGUCGUCCAAAAAUAUAAUAAGUGAGCCUGUUGAUGUGGAGGAAGGCUAUAACAUGAUGGCUUCUUUCCAAGGCUCUAACAGCCAUGACAAAGUGAGGAAAAUAGUCGCAGAAGAGGGACGUACAGCAAGGAACCUAAUUGCAUGGAGCGUUCCACUGGAAAACAAAGAUGAUGAUGGAAAAUCAAAAUGGCAAGCUGGUGGAAAAACGAAGAGGGUGACCCAGGGAGCACACAAAACUGCAAAACAGACCACUACCAUAGACUGUAAAUUAACAUCAGCAGCAGCUGGAGAUAAAAACUUUGACAAAAGCCCAACAAAAAUAAGACAGCCUCGAAAAGUUGAUCUGCGAGCUCGAUACUGGGCAUUUCUUUUUGACAAUCUCAGACGGGCAGUUGAUGAAAUCUAUGUUACAUGUGAAUCGGAUCAGAGUGUAGUAGAAUGCAAG